CUGUUAGCAUGGCUACUGUCUAAUCACAAACACACUGCAGUGCAGCAGCGGAGAGGGCAGGGACUAGUCGGCACCGCUUUUCCUCCCAAUUCUUCCAUUGUUUGCGCUUUUGUUUUAUCGAUAUGGGGACGAGAGACGACGAAUAUGACUACUUGUUUAAAGUGGUCCUGAUUGGAGACUCUGGUGUGGGGAAGAGUAACCUGCUGUCCCGUUUCACCCGUAAUGAAUUCAACCUUGAGAGCAAAAGCACUAUUGGAGUGGAAUUCGCUACACGUAGCAUUCAGGUAGAUGGGAAGACCGUUAAGGCUCAGAUCUGGGACACAGCUGGUCAGGAGCGCUACCGAGCCAUCACUUCAGCAUAUUACCGGGGAGCAGUCGGGGCGCUUUUAGUAUAUGACAUCGCAAAGCACCUGACCUAUGAGAAUGUGGAACGCUGGCUUAAGGAGCUGAGAGACCAUGCAGACAGCAACAUUGUCAUCAUGCUUGUGGGCAAUAAAAGUGACUUACGUCACCUACGGGCUGUGCCCACUGAUGAAGCACGUGCUUUUGCAGAGAAAAACGGACUGUCUUUCCUAGAGACUUCGGCUUUGGAUUCCACCAAUGUAGAGACAGCUUUUCAGACCAUCCUGACUGAAAUCUACCGGAUUGUGUCCCAAAAGCAGAUGUCGGACCGCCGAGACAAUGAUAUGUCACCUAGCAACAAUGUGGUGUCCAUCCAGGUGCAGCCUACCGAGAAUAAACCAAAGAUGCAAUGCUGCCAAAGCAUCUAGCAGCACUCCCACCCUCCCAACCACCCACCUGCAACACCCCCUCCCCUCCUCUUCAAGACUACUUUGGGUCUGAAAUGCAGCUGCACAACUAGGCUUGAGCACAGAGGCUGGUUCCAAAAGCUGGAAUCUCAAAGGGUCACCACCUGCAGUCUGGACUAAGCUCGUUUUGUUUCUUCCUGCCAUGGUAGGCUUUUAUAUUGCAGAUUUUUAAUAAUCAUUUGUGCCGAUCUUCACUGAAAUGUCUUAAUAUAUAAUUUCAUUUGCAAAUGUAUGAAGUUUGCUCAUGUAUGUCUUUAGUAGCAGCCCCAUUUUUGCUGUUGUGUCUGGGGUGGAUGGGAGAAACAUGCAGUAUUGGAGGUAUUGCUGUAUUUAAUGUUGUGAUGUAGAGAGAUGACGUCUUUGUUAUUAGAUGUUAGAAACCAAUUAGGGCCCAAAGACUGCAGAUUUCACCUUCAGCCAUACACGACAAUGGUUUCCAUUGCAUGUAAAACUCAGUUGCAGCUCAAUACCACUUCCUUCAUGCAUCUAGCAUGGAUUACAAAGCAACAUUGCAUUCUUUAUUUCACCAUCCAUUGGAAGAGGACUUCAAGGCAUAGUUUAUCCAAAAAUGAUGAAUCUGUCAUUUAUUCACCCUCAUGUUGUUCCAAACCUGUAUAACCUUUCUUGAAGAGCUGUUUGGAACAACAUGAGGGUGAAUAUUCAUUUUUAGGGGAACUAUACCUUUAAGCUUGUGGCACAGGGGACAUCCUGUACACCGUGCCUGAGACCAAUCCAUAGCUAUUGCUAAUGUACUAUUUUCCCUGCACCAUCAUGUGUGUCUCUUGCAUCCUCUUUGAGGUAGAAUAGUUUUUUUUUAGUGCCUUUCUUAAUGGAACGUCACAUGGGACACCUCCGGUUUCAUGCAUGUGCUUAAAACACUGCGGUUUUACACCUCUACAGCUUUCCAUGCCAGUGCAAUGAGACCUUCAUCACAUGAUGUCUGCAGUGCUGUAAUUAUGCUGUAAUAUAGUAUAAUACUGACCCCUUCUUCGACUUGAAGGGAAAGUUCAACCCAAAAAUGAAAAUUGUCAUUUACUCACUAUCAUGUUUUUCCAAACCUGAAUGACUUUAUUUCUUCUGUGGAACACAACAGGAGAUCUUUGGUGGAAAGUUAGCCUCAGUCACCAUUCACUUUCAUUGCAUCUUGGGUACAUACAAUGAAAGUGAAUGGUGAUUGAUGCUAGCAUUCUGCCUAAAUCUCCUUUUGUGUUCAACGGAAGAAAGUCAAAUGGGUUUGGAAUAACAUAUGGGUGAGUAAAUGAUGAUAGAAUUUUCAUUUUUGGGUGAACCGUCCCUUUAAUCUUGGUGAUUUGUCGUAGAAUUUGUUGAAAUGUUCCUGCAAAUUUCAGUUUUUAAUAAACAGUGAUGUCAUAA